GUAAACACGGCCAUUCAAGUACAUUUGACAUGUGCUGCAAAAAUGACAUUCUAGCAGUUUUGACACUUUUGACAGCCGAAAACUGCUAGACUUUCUUUUUCAAUAUCCGGUUCACGCAAUUGGAUUGUAUUUUAAUAAAGUUAAAACACAAUGGCUCCCAGAAAGGCUAAAGCUCAAAAAGAAGAAGUCCAAGUUUCUUUGGGCCCCCAAGUACGUGAUGGUGAAUUCGUUUUCGGUGUUGCUCACAUCUAUGCCAGUUUCAACGAUACCUUCGUCCAUGUUACCGAUUUGUCUGGCCGUGAAACCAUUGCCCGUGUCACUGGUGGCAUGAAGGUAAAGGCCGAUCGUGAUGAAGCUUCUCCCUACGCCGCUAUGUUGGCUGCUCAAGAUGUUGCUGAAAAGUGCAAAACUUUGGGCAUCACUGCCUUGCACAUCAAAUUGCGUGCUACCGGUGGUAACAAGACUAAGACCCCUGGACCCGGUGCCCAAUCUGCUCUCCGUGCUUUGGCCCGUUCUUCCAUGAAGAUUGGCCGCAUUGAAGAUGUUACUCCCAUUCCCUCCGAUUCUACCCGCAGAAAGGGUGGUCGUCGUGGUCGCCGUUUGUAAACAUUUUACUUUUUCAUUUAUCGAAAAAGUUUUGUUUAUAUGGAAUGUGGAUGUGUUUUGUUUUAUAUUGUUCUCUUGGGAGCAAUGGAGACAAACAAGUUUUAUUAAUAUUUUUUUAAUAAGUGAACGUGAAUAAAAUUAUAAAUCCUAAAAAAAAACAACAAAA